AUGUUUACUGAAUUGACAACUGUGCAACAUAUCGUUCUAUCUGUAGUUCUGCAUGCUCUCGGAAUGGGGGCAGGAAUAUUUGUUUGGCAUCUGUUCCCACGAAAUCCAACUCGGUCCAUUACUAAAAUGCCCAUGGAAAAGGUAUCCCUGUCAGUUAUACAAGAGGAUGAAACGAGUAAAGACAAUCUUUUCACAACCCAACCAACUGGAGUACGCAACUAUGGAUAA